UACACUCUCUCACAUCUGUUGAGUUAAGCUUAUGACAACUAUCUCUAAUUAGCGAUUUGAAGGCUAAAGAAAUUUCACGUGUAAGGUGUGUAGCUCUUUGUUCGUCAGUAAUUUGUUUCCUUUUUCUCUGAUUUAUGUAACAUGCUUCUACUUUCUUUUUCUCCAUUCAUUUCAUUUACCUUAUUUUAUUUUAAAUGUCUAAAAUUCUCAAGACUAACAUGGGUUACCCUUACCCACCCUUUCACUUUCCAAUUUCACCCGACUUGGGUUUGAUUUUGGUCAACUCUUUGUCUUCCUUUUCAUUUGCUUUUCAAAACCACUUUUAAAAAACUCAUACAAGAAGACCUUCGGACAAUUGUUAGAGUCAAAAAUAGAAGAGCAACAUCCUGAAGCUCUUCAUCAAACCAUAGAGACCAUCAUCGGAAAAUACUUGGGCGAUCCCAGAUCCGACCCGGAGGGCUAAUACUUGUUGUCGAGUUACACCAUUGUCCUCGUCCUUCAAAAGCUUGAAAUGGAACUGAGCACGACAUACUGGUACACUUGGUCAAAUGAUUUAAUGGGUGAAUUUUAUGUUGGCGUCCAUGAUGAAUGCCACUACCGGAUACUUAAAAUGGAGGCAAGAUUCUUGAAAUGCAUCUUACGUGUAUUGACCGAGUAUUCACUCCCCGAGUCUUUAAAGAAUCACUUCUUCUUCAUAAAUAAUCAAGUAAGUGAUAUGUCUAUGAUUUGCUGUAAUUAUAAUAAUAAUAGGCUUUUUGAUGGUCACAUUGGUAUAGAGGGUAACUUAGUACGAAAAGCUAUUCAACCAAAGAUCAGGGAAAUUCUUGUCCUGUUAUGGAAGUCAAAGAAGCCGUGGGGGAGCUAUUGUCUUGAUAUGUUCAAUAUUGUCUCACAUACUUUGGAGGAUUUGGUCGAAUGCAUGGCUGAUCGUCUUGCUCCUGAUCUACUUGAGAAAAUGAAGUCUCUUUCUUUCAAGCUAACAUUCGAGAGAAGGUUCCGUUUGUCCAUUAGAGAUGGGUUUGCUAAGCGCGAAAACAACAUAGAUAUCUGGCAGCGGUUUACCAGUGACAUAUCUUAUUCAGUGGCAUGCCUGAAUUGUUUGUAUUGGCUUGAUGACAUCCCCCAAGAAAUUGCCCAGGGAUUUGAGCGGCAUCUUUCUUCAUCGAUUAGGUGUGAGGAUGCAAUCCAGAUUGAUGCCAGAGAGGUUCUUACCCGUCUGCAUAAAGCUUCAGAGCUGUUGUUGACUUUUGAUACUUCAAUAAACGAUCUUCCAUUAUAUUUUAUGGACUUUGUCCUAGACAGUGUGGUUGAGUUAUGCAAUUCUAAGGAAAAUUUAAAGUUUCCAAUCAAGAGUCUGUCUGAAACUCUGCACUAUCUGGGGACUUCAUUAGCUGAUCGGUUAACACAGAGCACUGAGAAUGUUAAAUUGAAAGGACAGGAAGCAAUAAGAAGGAUAGAUGUUUUACGAGCUGAAGUUAUGGAAAAGGAAGUAGGGGCAACCAAUCACUCUUUUGCCAUCAAUCCAAAGAGCAUCCAAGAGUUAUGCACUCAUUACUCAAGGAGAAAGCAAAAGUUGAUGACAGACCCCUUCACGUGUAUGAAGUGGUUGGAGAAGCAUGGAGAGAUAAAAAUCAGACAUGUGGCCUUGGAGCUCAAUAUAAGACUUCAAUAUCUACAAUUCAUUCUGAAGAGACGGCCAAGUGGGCAGGAGGAGUUCAAUCUUGUCUACCAAACCAUGAAAACCAUAGGAACCAACAUUCACGAGGCAUGUAUUAAUGCAAAAUACGGAAGAGUAGACUCUGCUCUGUCGAUCUUGGAAUCACAACUGACUUAUAUGGUCAAAGAUUUUGGUCUUCGACAAGAAGUGGAACGUGCUCAUUCCCUCCUGAGUUCUUCCGUGAAUGACUCUGAUCUUCAGUGUGAAGAAAACAAUCGUCCCCUCUACUUCAAGAAGGCAUUGCUGGCACAGGGUGCACCCAUGCCUACUCAACUUGCAAUAGAAUUUAUCAGCACUCUUCUUCUGAAUAUGAAGUUUUUAGUGAGCUGUAGACUCAAACCUAAGGCUACUGUGAUAAGAGAAAUGGAAAUAUUUGAAGUAAAGCUGAGCUUUCUCAGGGGAUUCCUCAAGUUGACGUCUAUAUUUUUCAUCAAAUCCGAGAGACUGGAGAAUCUCGUGGCUCGUAUUAUCGCUCUAGUUGGUGAAGCAGCAUGCAUUUCUUAUUGGUGUUAUCCUGAGAAGUUAAGUAAAAAGAUGGAACAUGAAAUGAGUCACGCAAUUUCGGAUCUUUUGAGAAGGAUGAAAUCUUUUGAGGCAGAGAUGAGAGACAACUAUCUCAUAGCCCUAGAGGCUUCACAUUCUUCACAAUCAGAAUAUCGUACUCCCUACAUCAAUGAGCUUGUUGUAGCCGUUGUUGAUUCUCUUGUCGACAAUUUCAUGGAACUUGCUGAUAAAGGGAGUACGUCCUUGAUUUCUAAAGCUCUCCGAAUUGAAACCAUCCAUCAAGACCAGAGUUUCUUGAUAACUUUGUUGAAGGAUUUGCGGAGACAGUGUAGUGAGAAUAUAAAGUUUGAUGAUCUCUUGACAUAUGUCAAGGCUCAAUCUGACAAGAUGAAUCAAGCAGCUCCUUCAGUUCCUCUUGAUCUAAUGAAGGAAGAAGAGGUGUCAACGCAAGUAGCUUCUUCACUUAUUCAACUGACAGUAAUCAUCAAACUCAUCAAGGCAGAAUUCUUUCUGAUGGAUCUACAGCAAUCCAUUCCCAACUCAGCGGUGUCUUGGAAAGGUGAAAUCCCAAUCCUUUCUGAGGAGCUGAAAGCCUUGACAACAAUUGCAAUAGAUGUUCUUUGGCAAUGCGAUUGUCACUCAAGGAACGUUGAAGCUUUAUCUGAGAGUUUUGAACAUGUCAUCAACGUCUGUGACAUAACAAAUGUGACUGAGCACAUGGAUGAAAUGUUGUUUCAUGGCCCAUUUGAAUUAUCAGUGAAGGUAAAGCUCAUCAAGUCGGAGAUCAGUUUAAGGAAACUCUUGAAGAAUCAGAUCAAUAUAGUAGAUCCUGUGAAAGAUAAUUUUGAUAACCUUCUGAUGGAUCUUGAAUUUCUGGGAACGCUUCUCUUGGAUCUGCCCGAGCAAUAUGCAAAGCAAGAAAGAAGAAACCAUCUUUUAAGUUGUGUUCAUGUGGUAGCUGCCGAAAUAGAUACCAUCAUUGAGUCUCAUUGCUCAAAAAAAGAUGUUGAAGGGAUGGCAGGAAGAAUGGACCUUCAACUCUCGGAUGUGCUUCAGAAAAUAAAGUUGAUCAAGGCAGAGGACCGAGGAAUUUGUCCUAUAAUUCCAAAACUAUCAAGAACUAAUUUCCCCAUGACUGAUGGACUAGGUUUUCUUGAUUUACUCGUUGAAAAUCUCGCAGAGAUCUUAAACUUUAAGGGUGACCGAAUUGUUCUCUUAAAGCGUCAAAUUGAGACGAUUCAAAGGGAGCUCAAAUUUCUAAGAGAAUUUCUUGAGAAAAUUGCCCAGCAGCGUAAUGAGCAUGUUGAGUUGAGAAGUGUAUGGGAAAAAGUGGUAGGUGUAGCGUAUGAAGUGGAAUAUGCCAUUGACUCAUAUGUUGCUAAUGGAGGUGGCACGAUUUGGCACCAUACAUUUUCUGAUAUCAUAGAAGAUAUAAAGCUUAUCAAAGGAAGAGUCAUAAAGAUCUCAACCAGGGACUUGUAUGACUCCAGAACACAUUCUCUUGGCGAGAUUUCCCGUAUCUCCACUCAUAUUGAGAAGCCAACUAUAAAUGAAGCAGUAGUGGGCUUUGAAGAUGUUUUGGCAACAUUAAAGCAGAGAGUAAUUGGAGGAUGCCCUGACUUAGAUGUUAUAACCAUUUUUGGAAUGCCUGGUCUUGGAAAGACCACUUUGGCCAAGAAAGUAUACGAUGAUUGCAAAGCUGUCAAGCGCUUUGAUGUUUGUGUGUGGUGCUGCAUUUCUGAAAGUUAUGAAAAGAAAUCAUUGUUGAUUGACAUUUUACAACAAAUCAAUAUUGCACUUCUAGAAGAUGUUGAAGAAAAGAGUGAGGGAGAUUUGGCUGACCUGUUGCGGAGAAAUAUCAUGGGAAGGAGGUACCUCAUUUUCAUGGAUGAUAUUUGGACCAUUGAAGCAUGGGAUGAUGUCAAGACUCCUUUUAGAGAUGAUAAGCAAGGAAGUAGAAUUAUUCUAACGACUCGUCAUGCUGAAGUAGCUUCAUAUGCCAAGUGUACCACAGAUCCUUUGCGCCUCCGGUUUUUUCAUAAUGAAGAAAGUUGGAUGUUGUUAGUACAUAAGCUAUUUCAAGACCAACAAUGCCCUCCAGAACUUGUGGAUGUUGGUAAAAGAAUCGCAGAGAAGUGUCAAGGAUUACCCCUUUCAGUUGUUUUGGUGGCUGGUCUUCUUGGAAAGAUGGGGACUAAAGAAGAUGGAUGGCUACAAGUUGCAGAAAGUCUAAGCACUACUACAGUUGGUGACUCGAGCAGUAGAGGCAUAAUAGAGUUAAGUUACAAGCAUUUACCUGAAUAUCUUAAACCUUGUUUUCUUUACUUUGGAGGAUUCAUGGAAGAUGAAGAAAUUCCAGUCUCAAAGUUAACAUGGAAGUGGAUUGCCGAGGGCUUGGUUAGAAAACAUAAACCAAAGAGCUUAGAAGAUAUGGCAGAAGAAUACUUGGACGAUCUUAUUAGCAGAAGCCUAGUAAUGGAUGCAAAAAUGAGAUAUAAUGGCAGGGUUAAAUCGUGCCGAAUUCAUGAUCUCUUGCAUGAAUUUUGUCAGAAUAGAGCAAAAGAAGAAAAGUUUUGGCAAUAUGCAUACAGUCAUCAAGCUAAGGAUUCUCCCGAUAUUGAUUUACAAGAUCUAGAGAGACGUCGAAUGUUAUUAAGUCUUAAUGGCACAUUUGCCUCAUUGAAGCUAGUUGGUUCCCCUGUUCGCUCUUUGUUUCUCAUUACAGCUAAUAAUGUAGAGAAGAAUGUACUGUCUGUCUCCUUCAUUAAAUGCUUCAGGCUCCUUAAGGUGUUGGAUUUAGAGAGAAUCAACCUGUUCGAUUCCUUCCCAGAUGAAAUUGAACAGCUAAUUCAUUUGACAUUUUUAGCUGUUCGAACUGGCAUGACUUCCAUUCCCGCCUGGAUAUACAAGUUGGAAAACUUGGAAACACUUCUAAUUAAAGGAUUGAGAGGGGAAAUAACAUUACCAGACAGCCUUUGGGAUAUGGCAAGGUUGAGACAUGUGCACAUAAAUGAUCGUGCUGCUUUUGGUUUCACAAAGGAGGUCAUUGAGAAUUCUUCCAAAUUAGAUGAUUUGGAAACAUUUUCGACCCCAUCUCUUGCUUAUGGAGAUAACAUGGAAAAAAUGAUGAGGAAGUUCUCCAAUCUCAAAAAGUUGAAGUGUAGAUUUUUGGAAUCCGUCUAUUAUUCGAUGAAGUUGAGAAAGGAUUGCAUUCGUUUCCCCAUAUUGGACUUUCUAGUUCAUCUGGAAUCGCUGAAGGUGUUUUCUAAUGGCAAAAAACUGUCACAACCCUGUGAAUUUAAGUUCCCAGAGAAUCUCAAGAAGUUGACACUUUCAAAUUUUCGCCUACCCUGGAAAGAAAUAUUGAUAAUUGCAAGACUUCCCAACCUUGAGGUACUCAAGUUGCUACUUAAAGCCUUUGAGGGAGAAAAAUGGGAAGUCAAAGAUGAUGAGUUCCCUGCACUCAAAGUGUUGAAACUGGACGAUGUAGUUAUCUCGCAAUGGGAUGUCUCUGAUGAUGCAUUUCCUAGUCUCGAGAAACUGGUUUUGCAAAGAUGUAAGAGGCUUAAGGAGAUCCCUUCUUGUUUCGGUUACAACUGUUCGAUACAAAGCAUUGAAGUUAGUUGGUGCAGCCUUUCCGUCACUGAAUCAGCUAAGCAAAUUCAGGAUAAACAAGUUGAUGACAGGGGAAAUGGUGGAUUCAAAAUCUUUAUCUAGCAAAUUCAGGAGUCCCUUGGCCAAGAUUCUGCACUAUUCGUGACAGAGGCGGAGCCAGGAUUUGAAGUUUAUGAGUUCGAGAUUGUAGUCUGUUUAAGUUAGUGGGUUCUAAGUUAAUAAUUUGAACAUUUUUAAUAAAAUUAAGACAAAUACAGAGUUUGGACCAAAGCUAUUGGGUUCAGUCGAACCCGUAUUGCGCGUACUAGCUCUGCCCUUUUUCGUGACAGGUGAGGGCGCGGCGCUGUGAUUAAGAGGGAAAUUCGUGAAAGUUCACACUGCUAGUUAUUGUGGACUUUAUCAUACAAACUUGAAUUAUUUGUUGUGUUUGCUUGUGUAAUAUGUUUCAAGCCUAACAAUAAAUCUUGUGAGACCUUUGUAUUUGUUUAUGUUUGUUGCUGCAAUAAUGUUUCAAACUUCACACUAAAUCAUGUGAGACCUUUGUAUUUGCUUGUGUAAUGCUAUUGAAUAUUGAUUAA